GAGAGAGAGAGAGAGAGAGAGAGAGAGAUAGAGAGAGGGAGGGAGAGACGCGCACACACGAGCGUCGUCGGUGCGGGGGGCGUCGCGCGGGCCAUGUCGGAGUGCGCGGGGGCAGCGGAGGCGGCGCGGGCGCUGUGGUGCCGCGACGGGGCGGCGGCGGCGCACCUGAAGGUGGUGUCGCUGGGGGCGAUACUGGCGGCGAGCGCGGCGGGGGUGGCGGCGCCGGUGGGGCUGGCGCGGGUGUUCGAGGGGCGGCCGGCGUACGGGCGGGCGCUGCUGCUGAUAAAGUGCUACGCGGCGGGGGUGAUCCUGUCGACGGCGCUCGUCCACGUCCUCCCCGACGCCUUCGCCGCCCUCUCCGAUUGCCGCGUCGCCUCCCGCUCCCCCUGGCGCGACUUCCCCUUCUCCGGCCUCGUCUCCCUCGUCGGCGCCCUCCUCGCCCUCCUCGUCGACCUCUCCGCCACCUCCCACGCCGACGCCUCCCUCUCCCCCAACCCCUCCUCCGCCAACCCCUACGCCCCCAUCGACCUCCACCUCCACAAGCUGGACGCCGACUCCACCGCCAUCGUCGUCUCCGCCGGAUGCCACGGGCUCAACGGAGGAGGAGGAGCGGCGGCGGCGGCGGAGGGGGAGGAGGAGGAGGAGGGAGGAGUGGAGGAGAGGAUGGCGAAGCUGAAGCAGAGGAUGGUGUCGCAGGUGCUCGAGAUCGGGAUCAUAUUCCACUCCGUCAUCAUCGGGGUCACCAUGGGCAUGUCGCAGAACGUCUGCGCCAUUCGCCCCCUCGUCGUCGCCCUCUGCUUCCACCAAAUCUUCGAAGGGAUGGGCCUCGGCGGAUGCAUCGCCCAGGCUGGUUUUGGCUUGGGAACUGUGGGUUACAUGUGCAUUAUGUUCGCGGUGACUACGCCAAUGGGAAUUGUUUUGGGCAUGAUAAUUUUCUAUUUGACAGGCUACGAUGACAGCAACCCUAAUGCCCUUAUACUAGAAGGGCUUUUGGGUUCUCUCUCUUCUGGAAUUCUUGUUUAUAUGGCGCUUGUUGAUCUUAUUGCCUUAGAUUUCUUCCACAAUAAAACAAUGUCUUCGAGUCCUCGGUUAAAAAAGGCUUCAUACAUAGCUUUAGUGCUCGGAUCUGCUUCAAUGUCGGUACUCGCACUUUGGGCAUAAUUUAUAGUAAAAUGCAAUCGUUGGAAUUGUAGAAACAAUUACUGAGCUCCUCCUUUUGGUAAGGUAAAGAUGAAGAUUGUUAAUGAAAAUACUAUUAGGAACAUUGACAUUACAUUGUUGUGCUUUGUACAUCUGUGUUUCCUAAUAGCUUGAAAAUUUUAAUUUAAGUUGUUUAAUUUCUACUGCCUGCAACUAAGAUAUUAUAGUUUGCCGUU